GCUUGUUGUGUUUGACUUGUUCUGGUCGGGCUGCCGACUUUCACCGAGCCAGCUGCCCCCAGUUACGCCGAAUCCCUGACACUUAGGUCCAGGCAAUGGCUUAUUGACUACGCUGUUGUCAGUUUGUGGUGUUCUCCCAAAAGGAGGGGGGGGGGGGGGACCCCAAAAAAAAAGGGGGGCAACGUCGACUACGCCGCGUCCGGUUUCUGUGGUUGUUCUUGCGGACGGUAGGAAAACUGCUGCUUCCGAUCCGCGCUGCUAAAUCGGUUUGUGUCCCUAAAAAAAAAAAAAAAUUGCGAAACGAUCGUCAGAAGUAGAUAAGAGGAAGGAGGAAGGAGGAAAAAAAAAGGGGAGGCACCUGUGAGAAGGAGCAGCGUGGCGUCAAGUUUGCGUUGAUCACUGAGCGCUACAGUUUCAGACAUAUUUGUCAAGCGGAGGAGUCAUCAUCACCAUCCUCAUCAUCAUCGGAUCAGCUCCAGCCGCAGCUCCGAGCCAAACUGUGACUCCGUGUUGUUGUGGCGAACUGGAGGACUGAGGUGAGCUGCGACUCUCGCUGCCUUCGACUCCCUGUGCACCUGCAUGUGCUGUAAGCAGCCCCGGCCCGUUGGAGAGCUGCUUCGCUCCGUGACUGUCCUGCUUUAGGAGAACCCAUGGCUUCUGGGCCUCCAUCUCCCUCCAUAGGCUGCAGGCUCAGGCUGCUGCAGCUGCUAAUCGGGGCUGUGUUUGUGCUGCUGGUGUCCGGGUUUGGAUCGGCUCUGGGUCACAAGGUCUACACCAACACAUGGGCGGUCCACAUACCCGGCGGUCUGGAGGAAGCUGACCAAAUUGCCAAGAAACAUGGCUUCAUAAACCAUGGACAUGUAUUUGGUGAUUACUAUCACUUCCGGCAUCGCAGAGUGGUAAAGAGAUCGCUGUCUGAUCACAGAGGGGCACAAGUCCGUCUGGAAAGAGAUCCUAAGGUUACUUGGUCAGAGCAGCAAGUGUCCAAACAGAGGAAAAAGAGGGAUACCGUCACAGAAUUUGUUGAUCCCAAGUUCAGAGACCAGUGGUACUUGUAUAACAGCAACCACCGGGACUUGAAUGCCAAAGCUGCUUGGCAGUUGGGCUACACAGGUAAAGGAGUGGUGGUGUCCAUCCUGGAUGAUGGGAUAGAGAAGAACCAUCCUGACCUGUCGCAGAACUAUGACCCGGAAGCCAGUUAUGACGUGAAUGAUGCCGAUCCCGAUCCUACGCCUCGGUACACGCAGCUUAAUGACAACAGGCAUGGAACCCGAUGUGCGGGAGAGGUGGCGGCCGUGGCCAACAAUGGGGUCUGUGGGAUCGGCGUUGCCUACAACGCAAAGAUCGGAGGAGUGCGCAUGCUGGAUGGAGAAGUGACUGACAUGGUGGAGGCCCAGUCUCUCAGUCUGAACCCGCAGCAUAUCGACAUCUACAGCGCCAGCUGGGGCCCAGAGGACGACGGCAAAACAGUCGAUGGACCCGCUAAACUGGCCAAGGAAGCCUUUCUUCGAGGAGUCACUGAUGGUCGUGGCGGUUUGGGCUCCAUAUUCGUGUGGGCCUCUGGGAACGGAGGAAGGGAGAAGGACAGCUGCAACUGCGACGGCUACACCAACAGCAUUUACACUCUGUCCAUCAGCAGCACCACGCAGAACGGCAACGUCCCCUGGUACAGCGAGGCCUGCUCCUCCACCCUCGCCACCACCUACAGCUCGGGGAACAUCAAUGAGAAACAGAUUAUAACAACAGACCUCAAAUCCAAAUGUACCGACUCUCACACCGGCACCUCUGCCUCCGCCCCACUGGCUGCUGGGAUCAUCGCUCUCGCCCUAGAAGCCAAUAAAAACCUCACCUGGAGGGACAUGCAGCAUCUGGUUGUGCGAACUUCUCGGCCUGCUCACCUGCUCGCCAAUGACUGGAGAACCAAUGGAGUUGGACGCAAAGUUAGUCAUUCAUAUGGAUACGGUCUGCUUGAUGCCAGUGCAAUUGUAUCACAGGCGAAGACAUGGACAAAUGUGGGGCCACAGAGAAAGUGUGUGAUCUCCAUUCUCACUGAGCCGAGGAACAUUGGCAGCCAUUUGUCGAUUGACAAAAACGUGGACGCCUGCCUGGGUUCAGACAGCUAUGUGACCUCAUUAGAGCACGUCCAGGCCCGGCUCACCCUCACUUACAACCGGAGGGGGAACCUGGCCAUCCACCUCAUCAGUCCCGCCGGCACACGCUCCACCCUGCUCCACCCGAGGCCUCAUGACUAUUCGUCAGAGGGUUUCAACGACUGGGCGUUCAUGACCACCCACUCCUGGGACGAAAACCCCAGCGGCGUGUGGAGACUGGAGAUUGAGAAUGUCGCUGGCGCCAGUGACUACGGCACCCUGACCCAGUUCACCCUGGUGCUGUACGGCACGGGCUCACCAUCCUCCAACUCCUCCGAACAGCCCCAGUGCAACAACGACAUAUGCAAGACUUUGGAUCUGAGCAUGAAAUGCAUCGAGUGCAACCCUGGCUACUACCUCUUUCAGCAGGGCUGUGUGAAAGAAUGUCCUGCGGGCUUCGUGGUGGGCACGCAGCCCCUCAAAUACGCGGUGGGGAACUACAUCCAGCCAGCUUCCGUCCUGGCCUGCCUGCCGUGCCCGUCGCCCUGCGUCACCUGCAGCAGCCUCAGCCCCCCGUUCUGCCUGACCUGCCCCGAUCACAGCUCCCUCGACCAGAUCUCGGGCACCUGCCUGCGCCUCAACCACUCCAUGCGCGAGUCGCCGGGGGCCUUCAUGGAGGAGCGGAAGCCUUGGUUCAAGCGCGACUCUCAGCUGCCCAUCACCGUCGCCGUGCUCAGCUGCAUGGCCAUCAUCACGACCUUCGCAGGCGUCUUCCUGAUGCUGCAGCUGCGCUCCGGCGCGCUCAUCAAGCUGCCCUCGCUGGAGGCCGGCGGCGGCUUCACCCUGAGGGGGGGCAGGGUGGUAUCGUACCGCGGCAUCCCGACGGUUUGGGGGGACGACGGACUGAACACCGACUCAGAAAAUGAAGAGUUCGACGUCCAUAACGAGAGAACUGCCUUUAUCAAAACACAAAGUGCUCUUUAAUGCCUUCAUAAGUCCCUCCUCCU